AUGAAUCCAUAUGCCACGGAGGUAGACAAAAUCCCCCAAACUGAUAAAUAUCUGGACGUACCACUUUACGGCCGGUACCGUCCCAAACCGGACGACUUUCACGUUGACCGUCAGCACCUCAAUUCCCAGUCCUCAGAUUCUCUGCAAUACUGGGCUUCAGUGGUCGGACUCUGCGAUGAGUCAGUCAGAAUUUACCCGGCGGACGAGGGUGGUCGCGACGUAUUCGCUCUUGGAAACGUCAUAGUCAAAUCAAGCCAUCUACACACGGGAGAAGAUGCUCAGUAUACAGAGAUUGACUACUCGUACGCUGAUGCCAACGAAAUUCAGGCUAUUGCUAUUGCGAAGACAGCCCUACCAAACGUUAGAGUACCAGAGAUUUAUUUUGCCGGCAAGAUUAAUGGUCGUCAGGUAUUGCUCCAGGAAAGGCUCCCAGGUGUUGUGUUGGCCGUCGCGAGGCCAUAUCUCAACCCGGGACAAAAGAAGUCUUUCAAAAAGCAGGCAAGGGACAUGCUUCGGCGCAUGCAGGCCAUCAAGCCUCCUGAUAGCUGCCAGGUCCGCACCCAUGUCGUUCGAGAUCCCAACAUCCUCAAUAACGGUCGUAUCCAACCUUUGGAAGGAGAUAUCCUCUUUUCAGAGGCUAACCUGGACCCUGACAUGAGCUUCAUGCACAAUGAUUUGACAGAAUCGAACUGUAUAGUUGACAAUGACAAGAUUGUGGGACUUAUUGAUUGGGAAAUGGCUGGGUUCUUUGGGUGGAAGACGGCUGGGGAGAUCCACCGUAGGAUCAGAACUCCUCAAAGAGAGAAUUUUGCAAAUCUAGGUCUGAGUGAGGAGACGCUUCAGGACAUUUGUUUUUGGAAUGACCUUUAUGAGGACGACAUACCAUAG